CCCUCAGUGGAAGAGUGGGCAGCUGGUGCAGCUGGGCUGGACGGCCAGCGAGGACCUGCUGUGCAUCCAGGAGGACGGCACCGUUCUCAUCUACAACCUCUUCUGCGAGUUCAAGAGACACUUCAGCAUGGGCAACGAGGUUCUGCAGAACCACGUGCUGGAGGCCAAGGUGUUCCACACGGAGUACGGCACCGGGGUGGCCAUCCUCACCGGGGCACACCGCUUCUCCCUGGCCACCAACAUCGAUGACCUGAAGCUGCGCAGGAUGCCUGAGGUCCCCGGUCUGACAAAGCCACCCACGUGCUGGGCCGUGCUGUCCCAGGACAGAGUCACCAUCGUGCUGCUGGCGGUCGGACAGGACCUCUACCUCCUGGACAACACCUCCUGCUCCGUGGUGACCCCCCCUGGCAUGAGCCCCUCCGCCGGUGCCUAUCUGCAGAUGGCCGUGUCCUUCAACUACCGCUGCCUGGCUCUCUUCACCGACACCGGGUACAUCUGGAUGGGGUUGGCCACGCUGAAGGUGAGUCUCUGCCUCCCCUCCCUGUCAUGA